AUGAGCUUUUUGCCGCAGAAGAUCAAGAUGAUCAAGAACAGUGUAUAUGCUAAUUAUUUUCCCUACAUGUUCUUUAGAUCACAUUACAAGCACCCGAGCCCGUCAUCGUAAACCACUUCUGUUCAUGUGCAGCUGGGAGAGCUUUGUGCAAUCAUCUGGUGGCUCUACUCUUCCAGACUGCACAUUACACCACAAUGGGGUUGAAGACCGUGCCACCACCAUUGCCUUGCACAGGGGUACUGCAGUCGUGGCACAGGCCAAGGACUCGGUGAGUUUUUAAAUUGAAAUAACUUUUCAUAUUGUCAUAGAGAAGACACAUUUUGCAUUUUUGUAAACUCAUAUUACUACACAUCGUUCUACAUUCAUCCUGAAUCUUUUUGUAUUAUUAUUUUUAACCAGAGGAUUCGACCAGAGCCCACUGAUGAAAUGGUUGUGAGGAAGCCAAGGACAUCAGGCAGGAGUGGCAUAAAAUCCACUCUUGACCAAGCAUUCCCUGGUGAGUUACAAUUGUCUUUAAACAAGUUGGCAUUCCCAGGCUGUCCCCAUUAUACUCCCACGUUGUCUUCACUCAUGUGUUGAAAUGUAUUGGACUAAAGUUUUACAAUCUUGGCUGACAUUCAUUUCUUGUCUAUGCUUCUUUUUUAUGUGUUUCUGGGACCCUUCCUGACAUGACGGUGCUGUCUGCUGGACCAAGUUUGAGGAGCAUGAGACCACAGCCUGCCAUUGCCAAGGUGCUGCAUGGAUUGGAAGAAAUUACUCUGGCUGACUCUAGAUUUGGUCCAGUGCCCCGCAGGUCAGUGCUGUCAUGUCAGUGUCCCCCUACUGUCAACAGAGAUUCUAAAGCAUCCAGAUGCUCCUGCAUUCCCCCAACUCCCAGUAAAAGAAAGUCAAUUGCACAGUAA